UAAAUGCACUUCUGAUGAUGUUGUUACUUGUGUCUCUCUCAGGUGAGCACCUGCGGGUCUGUCCUCAGGGUUACACCUGCUGCACGUCCGGAAUGGAGGAGAAUCUCCUGAAUCUGAGCAGAAGAGAGUUUGAGACACAGGUGAAGGAGUCUGGACGCACCUUACAGGGCUCUCUCAGCGGCCACUUCAAGAGCUUUGACGAUUAUUUCUUGGAGCUGUUGAAUCGUUCUGAAACAUCACUCCAGACUUCCUUCCAGAGUGGGUUUGGACCUCUCUUCUCCCAAAUCACAAAGGUGUUUCAGGACCUGUACUCAGACCUCCGGCGCUACUAUCGAGGGUCCAACCUCAAUCUCGAGGAGGCUCUGAAUGAAUUCUGGGCCCGUCUGCUGGAAAGACUCUUUAAAGCUUUAAACCCUCAGUACAGUAUUGGAGAGGAGUAUCUGGAGUGUGUAGCCAAGCAGUCAGAAACGCUGAAGCCCUUUGGAGACACUCCCAGAGAGAUGAAGACCAAAGUCACACGCACGGUUAUUGCAGCCAGAACAUUCGCGCAGGGUCUGGUGAUCAGCGGCGAAGCGGUCCGGAAGGUUUCACAGGUGUCUCUGAGCACUGAAUGUGUGCGUGCCGUCAUGAAGCUGACGUACUGUCCUCACUGUAGCGGCGUUACCAUUGCCAAGCCCUGCUCAAACUACUGUAAGAAUGUCAUGAAGGGCUGCCUUGCUAAUCAAGCGGAUCUGGACACUGAGUGGAGGAACCUGGCAGAUGCUAUGCUGGAGGUGGUUGACAAACUGAGUCGGCCUUACAGUGUGGAUUCGGUGGUUCUGUCUCUACCAAAACGCAUUGCUGAAGCUAUUCUCUACAUGCAAGACAACCGCAACACAUUCAACAAUAAGGUGCUUCAGGCAUGUGGUUCUCCUGCUCAGAGCUCCGUCUCUGAUGACCAGAUCAAGCGAGGGAGAAACACAGCAGAAGAAGUCAGCAGCACCCCAGGAGCCCAGUUGGAGAAACUGUUAUCCGAUGUGUCCAGAAUGCUGAGGGAUAUGAUGCAAUACUGGGUCCAUUUGCCCAGAAAACUGUGUGUGGAUCGUGAGUCUGGACCGAGUGAUGUAGACAGAUGUUGGAAUGGAAUGAAUGUGGACAGGUAUCUCCCUGAAGUGAUGGGAGACGGGUUGGCCAGUCAGAUCAAUAAUCCUGAGGUGGAGAUCGACAUCACUAAACCAGACAUGACUGUACGCAAACAGAUCAUGCAGCUUAAGAUAAUGAUCAACCGACUGAAGUAUGCCGUCAAUGGAAAUGAUGUGGACUUCCAGGACACCAGUGAUGAUAUCAGCGGUUCAGGAAGUGGAAUGUGUGUCGAUGAUCAAUGUUCCAGUGGUCCGCGUUUAAAUGCCCCAAAAACGGACAAACCCAAAGUGUACGACUAUCAGCCGGGUAUCAAGAAGGUGGUGAAUGGAAGAAGCAGCCAGAACCUGCCUUGCGUCAGCCUCUACCUUCUCUCAUUGGUCACAGUCCUGCUUAGGCGAUAAUUGACAGGCAUUCCCACCAACUGGGACUGAGUACAGGACUGGGUUGGAUUGUGGAGGGGCGGGGUUAGUCACAUUGCCAAAACAAACAUGCAAACAUCAACGCAAACCGGCGAAUGCAUCACUUUUUUUUUGUCUUGAAUAAGAACACCAUGGAAUAAUAUUCUUAGAUCUGUGUACUUUUUUGUCUCUUAUUUGAUAUAUGACACCCCUAGAGCUGGUCUUUUGCUUGUCUUUAUGUCUGUGGUGAAAAGGUCUCUGAGAAUGCUUCCAUGAUAUCUAAAACAAUAGCUAUGAAAAUCCACCCCAACAAACAAAACAUGCAGGUUUUUCCUUAUUCAAAAAUAAUUUUAGGUUAUAUUUAUUUAUUAAUUAAGACCCAUAAAGAGAAGACGUCUCAAAGCUUGAGAAUGUCCUUCAACACUCGAUCAAAGCAAAUGAAAGAACGGCGUGUUCUCCUUUGUUUUAAAGCUUUCUAAUCAUGAAAACAAGCUUUACUGAGUCUUGUUUUUUGAAGACCAGCUGUCUCACUCUUUCUCUGUCUCUCUCUCUCUCUCUCUCUCUCUCUCUCUCUCUCUCUCUCUCUCUCUCUCUCUCUCUCUCUCUCUCUCUCUCUCUCUCUCUCUCUCUCAUUGUAACAGUUUCCGCACUCCGCUUCACAAAUGGGUUCCGGGGGCCAUCCUAAAGAAAAACCCUACAUGUAUUUUACUCUGGAUGUAAAUAAACGUCUACUAACCACAGUCACAUUUUCAGUAUAUCCUUGAAGGCCUCAACGGCACUAGAGCAAUAUAUGGAAUGAAACGUUAAUGCACCAGCAAUGAGAAAGAGAUGGGCACAUUUUACGAAAAGAUGUGCUCUAAUCCGUGGGACAGAUAAAUAAUGACCGUCAUCUCAGAAAGGGAUUUUACACGCGGGAAAAGACAAGCCGGAGAAUGAAAGACUCGAAACCAGGGGGAUGUGGAGGGGUUUCUGGACAUUGUUAAUUUGAUAUUGAUUCAAACCUCAUCAUAGAGAUGUGUGUGUUAUGUGUGAGCGUACUUCAGAGAAAGCGUUGUAAGAACUCACAAUACGAAACUACACUUGUACUCAAUACAUGCUGCAUCCAUGUCAGAUCAGAUUAGUUCAGUGAGUCACAUUUUGUAUGUGUGUCUCAAAUAUUUCCCAGCCCCACACCCUGCCCUUCAUUAUUUAGCAGACAAGUUGGAAUUGUUUAUGGCACACACACAAUGUUGAUGUAAAAAAACGGUGUUGCGCAACAUUGAGCAAACGUUUGCGUAACUUUUACCAAUGAAAGUAUGCCAGUUGUAGGCAAGAACCAUACUCUAUGCAAGUAUGUAAAUGCGAAUAACAUGCCAUCAUGCAUACUAAUGUGUGUUUUUGCUUGCGAUGUAGUGAUAUCACACCUUAGUUCUCAAGGGGGCGAUAGAGUUACCUUUGGAUAUUUGAGUGUCCAGGUAGCUAUAGCUAAACAUGUUGAGAGUUUGACUUACUUCAACUUGCUUGCUCAGCUAGAAUUCACUUCAAACUGUUGCUCCACCAUGAUAGUAGAUCAACAGUUUGCUUCUCUUUUAUUAUUUAAUACAUUUCAGUCCUGACAACUCUCGGAGUGGAUUAUUUCAACGAGCAUUUAUUGGCAUGGGGCAUGGAAUAUACAUAUGCCUAAUUUUGGCGUAGAUCUGCUACGCUGCUGCUGAGCAAAUACAAUCAUUUGUUCAGCUUAGUCAAAAUAACAAACAAAAGGACAGGCUGCCGCAAGAAAAUGGUAGAUCUCUACAGGUGGUGCUGGGGAGGAGGAGGGAUAACAGAAGCUUUUAUAAUCGCGCAGCAUGCCAAUCACAGGCUAGGGUACGAUAUAUAUGGUUACGUGGAUUAGGAAGUACUUCUGAUUGGCCAAUGGCGUUGGAAGAACCAAUCAGUGUUUGCUUAGAGUCUGAACUACGUAUUAAAACUCAUUUCAAAAAGCAACGUGGAACUGAGCAUAGCUAAGCAUUUGCGUUCUCGUACUUGCAUAGAGUUUCAGGCCUAAGAGAGAAUGACGCAUUUCGACCAAACCUGAGAAGAGCAUAUUUAUUCCGCUCUAUUAAUGAACUUUGCGUUUCUAGAGGUUACAGGAAGUGAUGUAACUGUCCUGAAUGAUGAUUAAGGUUGCCAUUAGCACUGUAGAGAAAAUGCUGCAGUUUCAGCCAGUAUAUACAGUGGUGGACAGAUCUGACCGGGUCAUUACGAUGGAGAACAACACCCUACUCUUACAGUUAGAAAUGCUGCACUUUGCAUGACGCACACGGCCACGUCCGCAUGACUACAUCAUGACCAGCGGUCGAUAACAGAGAAAUAUCCCACAGGCAGUGUUAUGGAUUGUUUUGUUGAUCGAUUGGAUCAGAUGUGGUUGAAGAAAAGGACCCGUGACGUGGCACAAUUCACUAACUAUCUGUAGAGUGAUAUGCUUUGAAAUCAGUCUCAACUGUCUUUAGCACAUUUGUCAAAUCUUUGACGGUUAGUGGUCUGACUCCAGGUCAGGAAAACAGUCCCACCUGUUGGUGCAAUGGCGUAAUGGUGGCACUGCCACUUUCUCCUUACUGAUGAAUGUUGCUGAAAUUGUCGAAAUGUGCUGAGAUUGAAAAAAAAAAUGCAUUCUGGUAUAUAGUUUAUUAUUUUUGUUAGUUUGUUUUUAAAUGAACAAUAAUGGGGAGUUUGUGUUUAAGGUUGAAAGUAGAACAUUUUGAAGAGACUGAAGAAAUGAUCUGUCCCUUGUUGUUGUAUGUUCUUUAAAAAGAAAGAGAAAAACCCUUGUGUCAAUUAUAUAGAUCAAAAGAUUUUGAAAACAA